AUUCUCCCAAUUAGUUCCUGUUUGGGAGGCUGAACGAACGAACGAACCCUAGGUGGAAUUUGUCAUAUUGAGGAAAGGGUGAAGAAUUCCUUUCUCCAUUGAUCGAAGAUGCUGAGAUUGGCUGGGAGGAGGCUGUCUUCUCUGUCGUGGAGAUCUGCCCACGCUUCGUCUGCGCCGUUCGUGUCCAGGAACUCAUUCUCCGCUGUCGAUUCAUCUGCAGAUGGACGGGCGUCGUGCGAUUAUUCGCCAUCUCGGUCUUACGGCCUCGUUAGCUCGUUUCCUUACCAAAUCAAAUGGUUUUCUUCUGGCACUCUUGCUCAAGGACAGGAGGUAGACCUGAUUCCGGAAAUUCCUCCGACAGUGGCUGCAAUUAAGAAUCCAAGUGCAAAGAUUGUAUACGACGAGCACAACCACGAGCGAUACCCUCCUGGCGAUCCCAGCAAGCGUGCAUUCGCAUACUUUGUUCUGACUGGGGGCAGAUUCGUCUAUGCCUCGUUAGCUCGUCUGCUGGUCCUCAAAUUUGUCCUGAGCAUGUCUGCCAGUAAGGACGUCCUUGCUUUAGCUUCCCUCGAAGUGGACCUAUCCAGCAUUGAACCCGGGACAACUGUCACUGUGAAGUGGCGUGGGAAGCCGGUUUUCAUCAGACGCCGAACAGAAGACGACAUUAACUUAGCCAACAGUGUUGACGUGGGCUCCCUCCGUGAUCCUCAAGAGGAUGCCGUCAGGGUCAAGAACCCGGAAUGGCUUGUGGUUAUCGGUGUGUGCACUCAUCUUGGUUGCAUUCCUUUGCCGAAUGCCGGCGACUUUGGUGGAUGGUUUUGCCCGUGCCACGGAUCCCAUUAUGAUAUUUCUGGUCGGAUUCGUAAAGGGCCUGCGCCGUUCAAUCUGGAGGUUCCUACUUACACUUUCUUGGAUGAGAACAAGUUGCUGAUUGGUUGAUAACUAUUUCUUACAUCAAAACGUGGGCAAAAACCAGAAAAGAACACAACUUUGAGGUAUUGUCCCUUUCUUUCUUGUUUGUAAUUUGUAAUUUUUGUUUGCUUUAAGGCUGCUUUGUUAUGCUACAUUUCCACCUGAACAUCCCAGCUGCUUGAAGGGUUUCUCUCAUAUUUUUGAAUAAUGCUGGCUACAUUUUAGUUCUUGAUUAUUUCAUAAGAAUUCGCUCUUGGCAUUUGCUUCGGUGUAUGAAUCGAAUGAUCGUAGUUGUUCUUGAGGAUU